AUUAAUCUUUUACAUCAAGUAGUUAAGAUGUUGUUGUUUUACCUACAAUAUGCAGUGUACGCAACUGUUUGUGCAUUUGCAGUGUUCCUGUUACCAUCUGUUUUCACAAGCUUGAAGCGAUUUUACACAGUGCGCAAAAAUCUCAACAGCCAAUGGCCUGGUCCAAAAGGUAACUGGUUUUGGGGCAGUUCAGCAAAAGUGAUUGCAGAGGUCCAAAAAGACAGUGCUUACUAUUUUACUUACAUCAAGGAAAUGACAAAGCAAUUUCCUCAAGGUUUUAGAGGUCAACUUGGUCCUAUAUUUCUUUCAUUAAAUGCUUAUCACCCAAAUAUGAUAAAGGCUGUUCUCUGUGCACCAGCUUCUGAUGCCCCAAAACUCAACAGAGCUUACAAGAUGUUGUUUGAAUGGCUUGGACAUGGACUGUUGGUUUUGGAGGACAAGGUUUGGUUCCGUCAUCGAAGGUUGCUUACUCCUUCAUUUCAUUUUGAAGUUCUUAAACCUUACGUAAAAACCAUGAAUGAAAGUGCUCAUGUUAUGGUGGAAAAUUGGUUAGGCAAGACAUCUGAAAAUAAAGUUGCGAAGAUUGAAAUAUUUCAUUCUGCAAGCCUUAUGACAUUAGACACUAUCCUCAAGUGUUUAAUGUCUUAUCAAUCCAACUGCCAAGAGGAAAAAUCCACCAACACAUAUGUUGCAAAGAUAUAUCAACUGAGCAAUACUGUUGUAAAGCGAAUGAGAGAUUUAAAUCUUUUCAAAAGAAUUGAUCCAAUCUAUUAUCUCACAAAAAAUGGGAAAUUAUACAAGAAACUUUGUGAUGAUGUGCAUAAGUUUUCCGAAUCAGUUAUCGAUCGUAGAAACUGCGACAUUGGGCAACCUGCACACAACGGAACACGGAAACAUUUCGAUUUUCUUGACACACUUUUGAAAGCCAGGGACAGUGAUGGAAAGGGGUUGUCAGAUUCUGAGAUUCGCGCCGAAGUUGACACUUUUAUGUUUGAGGGCCAUGAUACAACUGCUAGUGGAAUUUCAUGGACAUUUUAUUGCUUAGCCAUGCACCCUGAGCAUCAGGAAAAAUGCUUUCAAGAGAUUAAGAAAGUUAUGGCUGACCGUACUGAUAUUGAAUGGAAUGAUCUGUCCAACCUUCCCCACCUUACAUUAUGCAUCAAAGAAAGUUUGCGCCAAUAUCCACCAGUUCCAAUCAUUUUCCGUAAACUUAACAAAGAUAUUGAAGUUGAUGGGAAGACCAUUGUGAAAGACACCGAUGUAAUUCUACAUAUUUAUGCAUUACAUCAUCACGAGGAGUUUUGGAAGGAUCCUCAUAUAUUUGAUCCAAGUCGGUUCACGCAGGAAAACAUGAAAAGCAUGAGUAGUUAUGCUUAUGUACCUUUCUCUGCUGGCCCAAGGAACUGCAUUGGUCAGCGUUUCGCUAUGAAUGAAAUUAAAAUUGCUGUGGCGCAAGUAUUAAGCAAAUUCCAACUUAAACCAGAUUUAUCUAAAAAGAUCCAGCAUUCAGUAGAUGUGAUUUACAGAGCUACAACUGGACUUUAUUUAAAAGCUGAACGCAGAGUUUAGAAGAAUAAGACUGCCUUUGCGGUCUGUUUCUUCAAAAUAAUAUAUUCACAAAAAUUUCUAACAUUGUUUUGUUCAGUGUGUGCUGCUUAAUGUAUACAGCCAAUAUUUUUUGUUGAUGUUUUAAUUAAUUACGAUGUUGUAAUUAAUUAUUGACGUUGUAUUAUGCAUUGAUCAAUAGCAUUGGGUUGAUUGAUAGAGUGCUACCAUAACCACAAGACAUUGUGUUGGGUGCUCUACUGUCAUUGUGGGCUGGUUUGUCUUUGGCUAAGGCAAUGUCGUGGAACAGUUGGUUAGCGUGCCUGCCUAGCUGGGAGGUGAUGGGUUUAUUAAGCAUAAUGAUGUCAUCAAUGACGACGUCACAAAUUAUUCACAUCACAAACACAACAUGAUUAUUGUUUCCCUUUGAAACCCUGUGUUCAUUUACUCAUUGUAACAUUGUUAUAAUAAAUCCCUACAAUAAUAUUAAA